AUGAGUGUUGAUGAUUCAAAUAAAAUACAACCAGACAUUAGUGGCAGUUCAUAUUUAUGGGAUUACAUGACAAAGCAAAAGGAAAAGGCAAAGUGUAAUAUAUGCUCUGCUGUUUUAAGUCGAAAAAAUGGCACAACCAGUGGACUGCGUAAACAUUUAUGUCAAAUGCAUAAACUUGAAUGUUUCAGUGUUAAUUCAAAAACUGUAGACAUCAAACCGCAUCAAAUCGGUGUCGAUGAAAAAAAGAAACUUGAUUCAUUGAUAAUCAAUGCCAUCGUAGAAGAUGGACGUAGUUUCGGUGAUAUGAGACAAUCAGGUAUAUUGAAAGUAUUUAAUCAUUUAACACCUGGCUACUCACCUCCUCAUCGUAAUACUGUUCAACGACGAUUAAAACGAUUGCAAUCUGAACAAAAAUUAACACUUACUAAAGAAUUAUCGAAAAUUCAGUCUUUAGGUGUAACAUGUGAUUUUUGGUCGGAUAAAAGACUUUAUUCUUAUUUAUGCUUAACUGGACAUUACAUAACACCCAAAUACCAAUUUGUUUCCAAAAUACUUUCGUUCUCGUGGUUUCAUCAUCGCCAUUCUUCUACGAACAUUUCCAUGGUUAUUAAGAAAGAACUCAAGGAAUUGAAUGUGUUUGAAAAAACACGUUCGAUCACAACUGAUUGUGCGGCUAAUAUGUCAAAAAUAGGUGAUACACUUUAUGUUGAUACAAAACAAAUAUUCUGUGUAGCUCAUCGUCUCCACCUGGUGGUAUGCAAUGGACUUGGACUUUGGACUCGUAAACAAAAAACACUAUAUUCAUCAAAUACUGAUGCAAUACCAAAAAUUGAUAUAAGCGAAGAUGAUUCCGAUGAAGAAGAUUUUACUGAUGAUGUCCAAUUUAUGCCACAACCAUCAUCAAUUACUAAUUCAUCAAGCUCACUUGAAUCAGUGGGCGAUGCAUUAGAUGUGUCGUAUGAAGUGCUAAACACCUAUCCUGAUAAUAAUGUUAUUACAAAUGAAAAUUUAAUGGAUGAAGAACCGGAUCAUUUUUCGAACGACAUUAUUGAUAACUGGUCGAUCGAUGUUAUUGAAGAUCUUGAUACACCCUCGAAUGAAACAGUACAACAAAAUAUAGGUGAUUUAAUGAAAAAAUGUAGAUCCAUGGUAAAGUUAAUAAAUAAAUCAUCUAUUCUAAUGAAUUAUGUUGUUAAACUUAAACAACAGUUCAAUAUUCGUCGUUCUCUUCAAUUGGAUUGUAAAAGUAGAUGGAAUUCAUCUCAUCAAUUAAUUGAAGUUAUGUUAAUGUACAAAAAAAUUAUCAACAAGAUACAUAAUGAAAAACGUGAUAUUGGUCUUAAUAAAAAGCAAAUGAACAAACUUUCCUUAAUCGAAUUAGAUCAAUUUGAUUGGAAAAUGCUUGAAUUAUUGGACUUUGUCUUAAAGCCAUUUGUACAAGCAACAAAGCUUCUAAAUGGUACACUAUAUCCCACCAUUGGUAUCAGUUAUUUUGCAAUAGUUCAAAUCCGAGAUUUUCUUGAAGAUUCAAACACUGUCGAUGUUGAUGAUUGGAAAAUUUUAUUUAAUUUCAAAGUAUUAUUGUUAAAUCAACUUGAAAAAUACUUCUGUGACAAAGACGAACAGUGGCAAACAAUGAAAAAUCAUGCCUAUUUUGAUCCUGUUGGCUACGGGUGUUUAACAAGACGAGAAAGACGAGCAGUGGAAUCUAAUGUUAUUGAAUCACACGAGCAACAUACUACGGAAGACAUGAUUGAUGAGCAAGAAGUUAAUCGAAUAGAAUCGAAAUUAAAUAUGAAACGUAAAUUUGAACCAUCAAGACAAUCAUCUAUGACUAAAUUUCUUAAUUCUGUCGGUAAAAAAGUUGCAUCUUCAUCAAUUAAUUUCACAACAACUAACAAGAACACAUUAAGUGAAGAAAUUGCUACAUAUAGAACAUUGGCUCAAAGAGAAUAUAAUUCAAUAGUCGAUGGUGAUAAAGAUUCUGAUGUAAUGCAAUUUUGGCAAUCACAUCAACUUGAAUUGCAGCAUUUGUCUAAAAUUGCUGCUUCUUAUCUUUCUACUCCAGCUAUUUCUGUUUCAUCGGAGAGUGCAUUCAGCACGGCUUCAUACCUAUUGCGAAAACAAUGGUCUCAUUUAACACCCGUCAAUUUAUCUCACUUAAUGUUUCUCAAAGAUAAACUUCAAACUGAUUUUAAUGCAUAG